AUGGAACUGUCCGAUAUCUUCCAGAAUGUCAUUAUCGGUAUCUACAUGAUCGUUUUUGGACUUGCUAUUGCUUUACUGGAAUUCCAAGUCCCUCCCCAAGUUUCGCGAUACGCCAACUUCCUCUUCUCCUUCAUUGGUCGUGGUGUUUUCUACAUCCUCAUCGGAGGCCUUCUCCUCGGCGACAAGACCAUUGCCAACAUUGCUGGUGGUAUCGUCGGUAUCGCCGGAAUUGGUUACGUUGGCCUCGAGUUCGUCCCCCUGAUCGAACCCCCGAGCAGCAUGCGAGAGGCCGAUUCUGGCUGGGGCGCCGAGCAAGUCUAA